UUUUUAACUCCAUUUGGAAACAGGAUUUGGAAUAAGCUCUUCCCUCUUUUUUCUCUCUCUUUGAUGCUUUUCCAAGGAUCAGGCAGCCUGAAAGAAAAAGUUGUGACAGAUUUAGAAAAUGGCAACAACAAAAAAAAAAUCCAGAGGGAAGACAGACAGAGCUUUGCCCUGAAGGUUCCUGAGGAAGAAACAAGAGACAGAUAAAGAGGCAGGGGUAAUCUGAAGAGAGGGAGGGAUGAGCGCAGCUGUUGUGUGAGGAGAAAAUAUAGAUAAAGAAAGUGAGAAGGUGCACAAGUGUGAAGGGCGAAGGAGAGGAGACUGACAACACAGCCAAGGCUGGAAAGAAUAAGGGAGCGUCAGCAAAUGAACUAAUCAGGUUGGAGACAAAAGGCAAACAGGACACCUGACAUCAAUAAAAUAAAACAACAGUGAAAAUGGAAAUGCAGCAAGACAGGAGGGAAAGACUUCCUCUGAAGUGAAAGGAAAAAGAAAACAGGAGCCGUGUUUGACGCAAAGAAGAGGAGACGAUUCCCUCAUCAUGUUUUAUUCAGCUGGUUUCCCAAAUUCAAACAACCUGCGCCGGAAGAGCAACUUCGUCCCAGGAUAGAAUGAAGAGAGGAGCAAAGAGAUACCUGCCGAGUCUGUGAUACCCUCCUGCUCCUCCUUUUCCUCCUCUCCUCCUUCCUUUCUUUCAAUUUACAUCCAGCUUUAGAUUCACUAACUUCCUCCUCCUCUGCCCUCAUAUCUCCUCUCCUCUCCACCUCCUCACUAUGUGGAUACCAGCUUUGCUCCUAUGGAUUCUUAAUAUCAGCAAUUUGUGCUCAGGACAAGACUAUACGGACUAUUACCAAACUGGAGACAUGGGCACCGAGGCUCCAGCAUUGUCAGAUGACCAGGCCAGUUUGGAGUCAGUGACGAGUGUGGAUCAGCUAUUACAGCUUCUAUACCCCGAAUACAAUUUGCUUCAGCACUGCCUGACGAAGAAAUCAUGGCACGCCUCCUCUUCCCCCUCUUUUCCUCCCUCCUUGGCGAACCCUUUAGUCCACUCUAACAAUGAGGACCUGUGGGGUCAGCCGAGGGAGGAGGCUCUUUUCAAAAUGGACAGGACUUUGGGAGUCAUCUUAGAGGAGAUCCAGCGGACCUCAUGCCAGCCCCGAGAGGUGUGUGUUGAGGUCGCCAAAGAAUACCCAGAAUCCACCAGUCAGUUCUACCUCCCUCGAUGUGUGGCGCUGCAUCGGUGCGGAGGGUGCUGCACCAACGAGGCCUAUUACUGCACGAACACAAGUCACACGCUCGUCAACAAGACAUUGAUGGAACUGUCCCCGCCCAGGAUGGAUCGCUCCGUCGUCAUGGUAUCCUUCGUCAACCACACUUCGUGCGAAUGCCUCUCCAAGCGGCCGCUCCACUCCAUCAUAAGACGAGCUGCAUCAGAUCACCUGUGUUCCCCACCCGAAGUUCCCUGUGCUUCCGGGUCAUUAUGGGAUCCAAUGAACUGUGUGUGUGUCUCUACAGACGCCUUAAACUACUCUGAGAGAGAAACAGAGGCGCUGGACUCAGGUCUGCUGGCUCUCUGUGGGCCCAACAGGAUUCUCCACGAGUCCACCUGCGAGUGCGUUUGUCGGAAUGGACUCACCGAGGACAGCUGCGAUCCAGGCUGGAAACUGGACCACAACACCUGUGAAUGCCAGUGUGAAGGCCAAGGUGAGGGCAAGUGGUGCCCCACUGGCCAGCGGUGGGACAAGGAGCUGUGUGGCUGCGUGUGUGCUGCAGAGUGUCCCGGGAAUCAGCCCCUGAACCCCGACACCUGCCUGUGUCAGUGCAGAGAGAGUCCACAGUCGUGUCUGCGGCAGGGCAAAAGGUUCAACCCCGACUCCUGCAGUUGUUACAGGUUGCCUUGCAGAAAGCCCAGACGUGUGUGCCAGGCUGGUUUUUACUACAGCCACCAAGUCUGCCAGUGCAUUCCCAACUACAUGAGGCCUGAGUGGAAAUAAACCAAUCACAGACAGGAGGAGAAAGACUGCAGGUGAAGACAUUUAUUGCCUGUAAACAUGAGGCUAGAAAGUGUUUGGCCUGAAAACAAAGGGACAAGAAGAAGGACGUGCGUCUUGACAGGAGGACAGGAAGGUGGAACCACACAUAGACAUGUACUGGAUUACGACAGCAGCACAUGGGGUAAUUUUAUUAUUUCUCUCUGUGCUCCGAUACUCUCUGCAAGAGGAUGGGAGUGCUUCCCAGUGAAACAAAAAGGCCCAAACAACCACCCAUAGGCAGCAAAACUCAUAAAAGUGGAGUAAUUUCAGCCCAAGAGAAAAUGAAGAGAGAUAUUUGACUCUCUGGGACCCUAAUAACUCCAAUCACACAUGCCUAAAAGCAUGACAGCAAGGCGGGAUGGACCAAUCAGCAGACUCUAAACCAGCGUUCAUCCCCGCCACAACGUGUUUGAGCAAGAUAUUCAACCAGCGGCCUGCUGCAGAGACACCACUCAUGACUGUGUGAAAUGGAAAGUGGAAUUUAUAAUAACAGACCAGAACUCCAUGCUUCUAUAUAUUUUUUUUUUUUUAGAUUAAAUAAGCUGUAGGCACUUUGGCAGUCUUGAGUCGUGAGAUGUUUGAGAGGUUGAAGGAUUUAUUUUUGCAGAAAUCAUGUAAUGUGAUGUUGCCAGGGCCUUAUAUUCCUUUCAUUUCUUUUAGCAGAGGUGGAAACGGUGACAUGUUUCGGUGGUCUAUUCAGAGCACCGGAGGAUGUUUCCAACACCAGAUCUGAAUUUUGGCGACUAUACUGAAAGGGAUGGAGCGAAGCUCUUGUUGCAGCUAGUUUAAUCUUCGUCUCAUGUUUUAUAAAAGGGAAGAGGUUCAAUGCCAGACCCUGUUUGAUUGAACGCUAAUUUAAAACGCUCCCAAAGAGCUAUUAUAUCCUCCAGUUUCUACUUGCCUCUAACCGUGGCGCUGCUCUUUGAAGAUUUCACUCACAUGUGGCUAAAAGUGAUCACAAUUGAUGGUAACACUUGGGUCUCUGGAUCGUCUGGUAAUUUAACUUUACACACUCUAAGUAAUAUUAUUUGUAAAUAUUUAAAUCUUUGUCAUAUUUAAAACUGAUAUUUUGAAGACAGAAUCGUGUGUAGUUGUAAAAUACUGUAUUUAAGUCACAAUCAUUACUAUUGUUUUGCAUUAAAACAAUUCACAUGCCUUUGUACUGGGUUUGAAUUAUUAUGGAGAAUUUGAAUUAUGUUUUUGUCCAAAUUGUCCAUUUUGCCUGCACUGCAAGAUUCUUUUUAACAGUUCAUUUAGGCUAUACCAUACAGCUUUAAGAAAAACAGUGAUUUUAGGGCACACUAAAUACAUUAAAUGUUAGGAUGAGUUAUUGCAGGGUAGAGGUGAUUGUAGUUUGUGCUGUAUGGAUGUAGAGAAAAACUGCAAUUCUGCUACUACUACUAAAUAUUUAAAGUAGUUUUGAAGUAUUGAUUAAAAGCCUUGUCAGACAA